GACCGUUCAAACGUAUCUCGAAUCGAGUCGCAUUAAUUUCGGUCACGUAAGAUGUUCUUCGGUCUCUCUCUCUUCUAAGUGCGUGCGUUGCAAACGAAGAAUCGACUGUGAGUCACGAUAUGUCUUAUCGCGGUCUCCUUGAAAAUUGGUCGGAUAUUUUGAGAUCGUUUCGCACAAUAUACUCGCGCGUACUUCCCACGCGAGUCAAAGGAUCCGUGCGCAAACACUGCGCGUGAUUCGAUACUCGCAGCGAGAAACCAAACGGUCACGUGCCGUGAAAGUUUUGCCAGAUAAGUCCAAGUACGACGACGACGACGUCGUGUAGAACGGAAUAUUUCAAGGUCGCCGAUCCAUGUAACUUGGGUGUCUCUUCGCGCGCAGAUCCGCGAGAGGAUACUCGCGCGGAUGAUUGCAGUCGGUUCGUGGACGUGCACGCGCGCGCGCGUUUCUUUUUCUUUCCUCGACUCUUUCUCGUUUUUUCUUUCGGUUGCUACGAUAGUUCGUUCGCGGCAACAUGGGCGGCAGCAACUGCAAGGCCUUCCGAAGAUUCGCCGGCUCGAAGGAAUCCGCAACAGGUCUUACAACAGACCAGCAGGACUAUGUCGAAGGUGUGGUGUGCAAGCAGGAGGAUAUCAACGAGAAUGAAAUGAAGCUGCUACCUCUCGGUGACGACGAGGGAAAGGUCCUGCUGGUGAAGCAGAAGGGACAGUUGCACGCGAUUGGUACCAAGUGCACGCAUUACGGAGCUCUGCUGCACACAGGCGCACUGGGAGAGGGACGAGUCAGAUGUCCGUGGCACGGCGCGUGUUUCAACAUCAAGACCGGGGACAUUGAGGACUAUCCGGGUUUGGAUUCUUUGCCGUGUUACAAGGUGUCUGUGGACGAUGCCGGGCUUGUUCACGUGAAGGCCAGACGCAAGGAUCUGGAGACCAACCGACGCUUGAAGGACAUGUCCCCGUAUAAUUCUGAUAACGCGAAAACGGUUGUGAUAAUCGGCGGAGGACCGGCGGGCGCGACCUGCGCGGAGAGUUUGCGACAGGAAGGUUUCACGGGUCGCGUCGUUAUGGUGUGCCGAGAAGACGUUGUGCCGUACGAUCGAAUAAAAGUGUCCAAGGAUCUCAACUUCGACGUUCACAAAUCGGCGUUGCGACAGCCCACAUUUUACGACGAGCACCACAUCGAGACGAAGCUCGGUGUGGAAGCUACAGGUCUGGACACGGCGCAAAAUGUCGUCAAACUGAGCAACAACGAGAACUUGAAGUACGAUCACUUGUUCAUCUGCACGGGAAGCAAGCCGAGGAUGCCAACUGUGCCCGGGUGCGAUCUGUCGAAUAUCUUCGUGCUUCGUAAUUACACCGAUUCGCGAGGAGUUUACUCGCUGCUGUCCCCGGAGAAGCACGUGGUCGUGUUGGGAUUGAGCUUCAUCGGAAUGGAAGCGGCGGCUUAUUGCGUCGACAAGUGCGCGUCCGUCACGGUGGUAGGACGGGACACCGUGCCUCUCAGAUCGAUAUUCGGCGUGGAUAUCGGCGACAGGAUCAGAAAAGAGCACGAGACCAAAGGCGUGAAGUUUAUAUUUCGGAAUAACAUCAAGCAAUUCAUUUCGAGAGAAGGCGAGACCGUCGUGGCCAAGGUCGAGCUUACGGACGGUCAGAUCUUGUCGGCGGAUAUAGCCAUCGUUGGAAUAGGAUCUACCUUUUACACAGAUUGGAUGAAAGACUCGUCCGUCGGAAUGAGGGAUGACGGUACUGUAGUAGUGGACAAGCACUUGAGGACAAAUGUGACUAAUGUGUACGCCGGUGGUGAUAUAGCCUACGCACCGAUAUACGGAUCUGACGAUGUACUAGCCGCAAUAGGUCAUUAUCCGUUGGCUCACUAUCACGGUAAGAUCGCCGCUUCGAACAUAUGCGGCAAAGAGACUGCUCUGAGGGCCGUGCCGUUCUUCUGGACGAAUUUGUUCGGCAGGAACUACAGAUACGCGGGCUACGGAAAGCCCACCAGCAUGAAGAUCCACGGCUCGCUAGAAAAACUAGAGUUCUUCGCUUAUUACCUGAAAGACGGCAAAGUGAUAGGAAUGAGCAGCGUCAACGCCGAUCCCGUCGCCGCGGAUUUCGCGAACACGCUGUACGAGGGAAGGACGUUAACUGAAGAGGAGAUUAACAAAGAUCCAUUCGGUUGGAUGACAAACAAACCAAAGGAUGCGUCAAAGCGAUUUCAAGAGAAUGUUCUGGUGAACGUGCAGGCUUGAACUGUCACCCAGUGAAGUAAUAUCAAGACAACUUGGUAUUGAGGAACAAUGCACGUUGUGUUGUUCAAACUUUUGCUUCGCGUCUUUGUAAAUUUUUGAUGUAACUUAGUGAAUACAUUCGUAUAAUAUACACAUAAAACAAAUGUUUCAAAUAAGAUGAUGUUUCUUCUAUAUUUGAAAUAUUCUGUAACGCACUCAAAACAUUCUGUAACGAACACGAUCGAUGAGACAUACACGUUUGUAGAUAGAAAAAAAAAAAAAAAA